AUGAAAAAAAGUAUCUUUGAAGAAGAUCUGAGAAUUGGUAAGAAGCUUAUUAGAUAUGGUUUUGCUCCUAGAAUCUCUUUUUUAACAAGUAGAACUGUUCAGCUAGAAAUUAAAGAUCCUAUUAAUAAAUUAUUAAGUCCAUUAGAAACUAUUUGUUUAAUUGGAACAGAAGAUAAGCCAGUGAUAUUGACAUCAUUAUUUCCAGACAUAUCAAAAAGACAAAAAUCAUCAUAUUUAACAGAAGAUUGUAAAAUAGUUAGUGAUUGGUAUUGUAUUUAUAGAUGGGCUUCUACUGUUGAAAUUGUUUCAGAACCAACAAAUAAUUUUGGAAAACCUAUUUGUGUUGUAAUUGCAUGUAGUGAUAAUGACUGUAAUGGAGAUGUUGUUAGUGCAUUAGCAGGACUUUCUACAGAUGUUGAACAAUUAAAACAUUUAAAUGGAGAAAAAAGUGAAAAGAUUUAUGUUUGUUUUACACAACGAAAAAUUGAAUUUAGAAGUCAAUGGAAAUAUACAAUUUGUAUUAAUUCUAAUGAUAAAAAAUCUAUUUGUGAUGCAAGACAAAAAUUAGUUGAAUAUUCAUAUGAAAUUGUUCAAAAUGAAAUUAAAAGGUUAAAUGAUUUAAUUAUUGGCAGAAGUGGAAUUAGAGGAAUUAUGAGAGAAAUAUUUACUGAUAAAAAUGAAUUUGAAUUAGAAAAAGAAAAGUCUAAGACAUUUGAAAAUAUUCAUCAACAAAUUGGUGAUUUAUAUUUUAGUAUUGGAAAAUAUGAUAAUGCAAUUGAAGAAUAUUUAAAAGCAUUACCUGAAUAUCUUGAUAAUAUAAGACAAGUUAAAGGAUGUAAAGAAAUGAUUGGAUAUUCAUUAUAUAUGAAAGGAAGUCCAUUUAUAAAUGAAAUGAGAGAAGCAUUUGAUUAUUUUUAUUCUAAUUCAAAAAAUAGUGAAAGUUUAAUUGAAAGUGAUUAUUUAAUUGCAAGAAGAAUUGGAAUGAAUUUUGGUGCAAUGAUUAAAGGAAAAGAAUGGGAAAGACAUAUGAUUCGAGUUAAACAUAUGAAAGAAUUAUCUCCAUUAUUUUCUGCUCUUAUAAAUGAACAAAUAGCAAUGAGAAUGAUUGAUAAUUCACCUAGAAAAGCAACUCUUUCAUUUAUGGAAGCAGCAAAUAAAUAUUUUCUUGCAAAUGAAAGAUUAGGAAGUAUUAGAUGUAUUUGUACUGGAAGAUGUAUUUAUUAUAGUAAAAAAGAUUUAAUAAUUCCAUCUUUAAUUACUUCUAAAUGUUUAGUAGAAGAAAUGGUGAAUGAAAUUAAAGAAAUUAAUUCUAUUUCAUUCUUUAUUUUUGCAUGUGAUUGUAGACUACGUUAUACACAAAAACUUUCAUUAUACAAUCCAAUUGAUAUUCAACUAAAAGAAAUACAAAAAGAAAUUGUUGUUGGAGAAAAAAGUUCAAUAGUUCUAGUUAUACAAAAUAAUGAAUCUUUUCCAAUUCAUUUAAAUACAAUUAAAAUUGAUGUUGAAGGGGCAGAUGAAAUAAAAAAUGUAUCUAUUGAAGAAAAAAAAUCUAAAGAAGUUACUUUACAAUUUACUAUGCCUAAAGAAGGAGAAUAUUUAAUUCAUGGAAUUAAUGUUGGAAUGUAUGGAUUUAAAUUUAAAUUAGCGUUUUCAGAGCCAUAUAAAAUUAAAGUGAGAUCAUUUAAAAUACCUAUUUGUAUUGAAUUAGAUACUAAAAAAGAUGUAUUUAAUGGAGAAUUAAUAACAACAAAAAUUAAUAUUAAAAAUAUUAUUGAACAAAGUGUCGAUUUCAUUUCUAUUGAAAUUAGUCCUCAGUAUGGAAUUUAUGGUGGUACUAAAAAAGAUGAUUGUAAAAUAUUUAAUAUUGGAAAAAUUAAAAAUGAAGAAGUUAAGUCUCUUGAAAUUAUUCAUAGAGUUAUAAAAGAAAAUAGUUCAUUAAUAUUAAAAUUUAAAAUUAAUGAAGAAGAAUGUUUUAUUGAACACAUUAAUUAUAAUGUAUCUUCUCCAUUAUUUAUUCAAUCUCAAUUACUUGGAAGAAUAAGAAAUGUUAAAGAAACACAAAUUAAAUUUGGAUUAAAACAAAAUCAACUAAAAGAAAAAAUAGAAAUAAAAAAUAUUUCCUUAUUAUCUAAGUCUUGGAAUAAAUUAAAUUGUAUUAAAAAAGAUGAAACAAGUAUUAUUAUUGGAGUUCAUUCAUUUUCAUCAAAUGAGUUAUUAAAUGAAACUAUUAGUAUUGAUCAAUUUUCAAAUGAAAUUCAACAUGACUUUCAACAAAAUAAUAUAAUUAAUGAAUUGGCUAUUCAAUAUGUUAAAAAUGAAUAUCCAAUGAUGGUAAAAGAAGUUAUUGAUAAUAUUUGUUCAUUAAUUUGGCAAUAUAAAGAUUCUAUAAAUGUAACUUUUAUUGACUUCAUUCCAGCAGUUCUUCAUAGAAAUAAUCAAACUUAUCCUUAUCAUUUUACUUAUAACUCAUUAUUAUCUAAAUCUAAAGCUGGUCAAUUAACAAAACAUUCAACACUUUUAGCAUCUUUACAUUCAAUUUUUAUUGGUCAUUUUGUAGAAUUUGAAUAUGAAAAAGAAGUUAAUUUAAUGGAACCUAUUGAAGUAAAGAUUCAUUUCUAUAACACAACAAAUUACCCAAUAAAAAUUUCUCUUUUUGGAGAGUCUUCAUUAAAUAGAAUUUCUUAUUAUAACCAAUUUGAAAAAAUUGUUACUAAUUCAUUUUGGUAUGGUUCUAUUGGUUCUGAAUUGGAAAUAAAUAGUUGGAAAGAAAAAGAAGUUCUUAUGACUUGUGUAUUUCUAAACUAUGGAGAACAAACUCUUCCACCUAUAUAUUGGAAAUACUCAUUUGAAGAAGGAAUUUGGAGUGACCAAAUUCCAUUAAAUAUUUACGACCAUUCUCUCACAUUAAUAGCUCCUAUUUCUUCUAUUGGUACAGAAUUCAUUGAAUAA